AUGAUUCAUCAAUAUGAUUCAACGAAAAGCGUAACCAGUUCAGAUUGUAAAAAGCAUUUACCAUUUACCAUUCAUACACUUCUAGAACUUAAUAAUAAUACUAAUAAUAACAAUACCAAUAAUACUACUAAUAAUACUACUACUAAUACUAAUAAUGAUAAUACAUUGAAUAUUGAACAAACUAAUGAAAAAGAACAAAUAUAUACAGAAAAAUAUUUAAAAACUAUGAUGAAAAAAAAUGGAAAUAUUAUUGAUUUAAAUAAACAAAAUUUUAAUUUAAUCAAUAAUUGGAUAGCAACUAAAUUAGAUGAAAAAUUAUUUUUACAAUUAUUUAAAAAUGUAUAUUUAUCAUUAAAUUCUACACAGCAACAAGAACAACAACAACAACAACAUACUACUAUUCCUACAACUCCAACUACUACUACUACUACUACUAAUACUACUACUAAUAAUAAUAUAAGUAGUCAUGACAAUUACAUUGAUUAUGGUAUUCCUAAUAUUAAUAAUAUUGUAAAUUAUUUACAAACAGAUCAUUGGUCAGAACUUUUAAAUUUGACAACAAAACAUUCAUCAUCUUAUCCAAUUCAACCGUCAUCAUCAUCAUCAUUGUCAUACUCGUCAUCACCGUCAUCAUCAUUAUUAUUAUCAUUUAAUAAUCAAUCUGAAAUAAUUAAAUCUACAUUGAAACAUUUAAAUUGUGAUUAUUUACAAUCUAAAUGUAUAUUUUCAUCUAAUGGUCAACUUAAAGAAGAUAUUAAUUCUUUGAAGAAUAUUCAGAAAAAAACUCUUUUCAACACCAAAAUUGAAAAUCCUAUCAAUUCUUCUGUUCAACCAUCCUUUACAUCAGUUGCUGAUGCUUGUAAUUACAAUGCGGAAUUCGCUAGUCAUUCACCACAAAAUAAACCAGUAUAUGAAAAUAAUGCAUUGUCAUCUCCGAUGUUAUUACCAUCAUCUAUUUCCAUGCCAUAUUUCUUCCCUUCACUUAAUAUACUAAACAAUCAAUCAUUAGAAAAGCAAUAUAAUCCUUAUACAUGUGAUAAUUCCUACAGGAAUCUACCAUAUAAUUGUACAGAAGUUAAUAAUAGACAAUGUAAUACACUACAUGAUUGUACUUAUUCACAAUCUUCAUUUUCAUUGAAUUAUAAUGCUUCAGAUAAUCUUGUUAAAUUGACAAAUAAAUCAGUUGAUACAAGUUCUGUUAAUUCUAUCACUGGUUCUACUACUGAUAUCAUUUCCAGAAUUAAUAAUGAUAAUUCUACUAUUACUACUAAUACCAGUAGCACUACUACUUAUAAACAUAAAAGUAAUCUCAGUAGUAAUACUGGUAUACGUGAGUAUAAAACUAAAUCUAGAAAGUCAAAUUCUACUGGUUUUAUACAUAGAAAAAGCAGCAAUGCAUCAAAUCAUCUAUCAUCAUCUAAUAAAAUAGAAAUACUGACAAAUUAUGUGAAUCGGAAUAACGUAUUGUUGAAAACCAAUAGUGAUGAUGGGGAUGACGACAAUGGCGGUGGUAAUGAUAAUGAUGAUGAGGAUGGUGACAGCUUCAAUGAUGAUGAUGAUAACAGUAAUAAUAAUAAUAGUGUUAAAUCAAGCAAACGAAGAAGACAUAGAACAAUUUUUACAAGUGGACAAUUAAAUGAACUAGAGAAAGCAUUCCAUGAAGCACAUUAUCCAGAUGUUUAUCAGCGUGAAUUAUUAUCUAUGAAGGCUGAAUUGCCUGAAGAUAGAAUUCAAGUUUGGUUUCAAAAUCGACGAGCAAAAUGGCGUAAAACAGAAAAGAAAUGGGGUAAAAGUAGUAUUAUGGCUGAAUAUGGUUUGUAUGGAGCUAUGGUUCGACAUUCAUUACCUUUACCUAAAACAAUACUUAAAUCAGCUUUGGAUAAUAAUGAUGAGUCAUGUGCACCAUGGUUGUUAGGUAUGCAUAAAAAGUCAUCAAUGCAAUCUAAUAUAGAACAACAAGAAUUAAAACAAGAUCCAAUAAUUGAUUCAAAUAAUUGUGAUUUAUCAAGUCCUACAACUACUAUAACUUAUUUAACUGAAUCUAUACAAUCAUCAAAUGAAUCAGAUAAAAUAUAA